GCUACUGUGAAGUCUAUACAAGGGCAUUUCAUUUCUUGGGGAGAGACAAAACAAACAUAAAAACAAGGCAUCUUGAUAGUUCCUUGAUUGUCUCUAGAGUUCACUUUACAACAAGAGUCUUGACAGUUCCAAAACUUCAAUUAUCUUUCAUUGUUCAUUACAACAAUUACAGUUCAUCAUAGCAUUAUUUGGCACUCUGUAGGCACUCAUUUCAUGACAAAAGUUCUCAGUAUGGUUCUCUCGACAAGUAUCCUCCACUGGCAGUAAUCUGACAACAAACAAUAUUAUAAAAUAGAUUACCAAAUAUCACGGUCAAUAAUAUCUUUAUGGAUCUUUGUGGAUGAUGCCAGAUGUCACGAUAAAAUAUGAUCUUGAGGGGAUCUCUAAUAAUCUUUUUGCCUCUUGGUGAUCUUGAUGUUAAAGAGCUUGCGACUAUCAGUUUCUCUUGUGAGUUGAUCUUUGUCUGGGGUACUGAGAUCUUAUAACCGUGAUGCCGAGGAUUCUUUACUUGAAGUUGUCAGCUGAUCAGAUGAGCUACUGUGAUGUGCUGUGUCUUUUAUAUAAUGUCUAGAUCUAAAUAUUAACUGUUAGAUUCAAUGAAGAAGAUCCUUUUGAUUCAAACACAGAAACUUUAAUUAUCAACUUGAAAACAGGAACGUAUAAUACAGUAUUUACAAAGCUAACUGUAUCAAGAAAUAUAUAAUAUUCAAAUAACUACUAGAUUUAGUAUAAGUACAAAACUGAUCUCUAUUAAUUCUAACUGAAGAGUAAUAUACGUCUUGCUUCUAUGAGAUUCUACCUAAGACUGGCGAUUCUAGAACCCGCGUCUUUGUUCUCGUGACUGUAUUUGACCUUCUACUAACAUAAUUAGAUCAACCAAUCAAACCACCUCUCCAAACAAUCAAAUACUUUUCUAUCAAACGUUUUAUGCGUGAUCACUGGAUGUUUGCAACGUCAUUGGAAAAACCCAACAAUCUUGAACAGAAUUUAAUUUAAUAUUUUAAAUUAAAACCUGGCCUUGAUACGUGACACCAAAACUUAUCUAACACAUUUAACAAUUUAUUCUUGUCACCCUUCUACGCAAUCUCAUCCAUUUUCCUUUUCCACUCAGCCUUUUCCAUAGACCUAACAUUUAUCAAUGCCACUAGAUGAAAUGAUGCACAAUAAAAUCUAUACAUAGGCUCUACUUACUUUCAAAUGCUUAUUUACAAUUUACUAUGUGAAUUAGUGACGCUAGGACUUAGUUGGGUUAGAGACUACUUAGAGACAGAAAAUCAGUUGGUGAGAGGAUUUCAUAAGGGUAGGACGUAUCUUAUCCACAGAGACAUCGACUGCGGCCUUUUUGCUGGAUUAAAUCUAGUUCAUGAAUUGUUCAACGAUAUUAUAACCAUGGUCAGAGACAGGAUUAAUGAUAUCAGGAAAUUAGUCAAUGGAAAAAGAGUGUUUUUUAUGGAAAAUUUGGAGUCUGACCUUUUCAUUGAAGGAUUUCCUGGUCUUCAACCAUUUACAAGAAAUAGAUUGAGAUCUUAUUUGAAAUCUGAUGGUGAAUCUCAUGCCAAUUCUUAUCUUCUUGAUGCCAUGUUGAAAGUGGACAAUUUUCCUGAAAAGUUCAUUAAGUUUUGUGAUAACUAUGAAUGCUGCACUGAUCUUAGAAAUCUUAUUUUGGAAGAAGGUAUUAAUUUUUUGAACAGAACUUCAUCAAGACUGAAUUCCACAUCUGCUCAUACAUGCUCAUUUAAUUCAAGAAACAUUUCUAGUGAAGCUUCUAAUGGAGAGCACACUCAAGCCACUAUGGCCAUUCAUAAACAAAGUGAACAGGAAAAUAAUUUAAAUCAGAAUGAAAUAGCUUGUGAAAUGAAUUUAGACGCUGCACGCAAUAUGAAGGAAGAACUAAUAAUGCCUAGCUCUAACGAAGCUCUUGUCCUUCAGGAGGAUCAUAAUAAACAAAAGGAUGAUGCUCCAUGCACUUUGAUGGCAGGUUUAAAUAAUAACAGCCAAGGUGCUAAUAAACUUUCAAUGCUUGAUAAGGAACUCAGUGAUUUAACAAGUGCCGGUAGUCAAGGAUCUGAUGAUUCAUAUUAUUUGACAGACUCUGACACAACUGACUGUGUUGAACCAAACCAUGAAAUUGAUAGCCUCAAAGAAACUGUCCCAAAAAAUAUAUCUGAAUGUGAUGAUGACACCCAAUACAUGUCAACAUUAAAUGUUUCAGAAAAAGGGAACAAUUCUAAAAUUAAUACUGCCAUUGCUGCUGGAAAACUGACAAAUGAUGAUGCUUUAUCCAGUGGCAUCCACGGGGAAGGUCUAGAGAAAGAAAAGCAAUCUAUGGCUGUUCUCAAUAUUUCCAAUAGUUCAGCAGAAGAUGGAUCAAAUAGCAACUUUUCACUAUCUGUGAUGUCUGAAAAGCUGGAGCCAUGUUCACAAACGGAAGUGAAAAAACUGUUUGAUGGACACUGUGAAGAAAAAGAAUGUUUAGAUGAUUUUUCCACAUUUACAGAUUCUAUACUUAGUGAUUUCCCAGAAAUUCUUAAAGAGACUUGUGAAGAACCAGGUGUAUCUGAGAGAAGUGAAGCUGCUGCUUCUUCUGAUUCAGCCAUUUCUCAGAAUGGGAUUCCUUUAUCACAGUCUUUGAUACGUGAAUAGUUGAUAACAUUUUUACUUUUAAAUGUUUUAAACAUAUGAGACUUUUUACUUGUAAAUUUAAGACAUUCAGAUAUUAAUGACGACAAGGGAGUCAUACAUAUAGGCCUACAUAUGUUAAGGUUGCACUGGAGCUUCGAACUUCUGCCGAUUUUCACUAUCUGGCCAUAUUCAACUUCGAAAUAGUUGGCGGAUUAGCAAAAGUAUACUUUAUUGUCUACAUAUGUAUUAAUGUGUAUAAAGUGGAUGUGGUUUAAUUAAUGUCUGUUAUUUUAUUUAUGUGUGUAAAUGCAUUAACAUUAAUAUAUUUUUAUAAUGCUAUAAAUAUAAAAACUAAUAAAAACUAAUUUGAA